AUGAGUGAUUCGACACAUACAAUUCCACGUGAAUUAUCCAGCUAUAAUCAAAAUAAUGAUCCUAAACCGAGCCAAGAAUUGGAACAAAAGGAACAUCAAGUCACAGAAAAAGAUGAUGCUCAAAAACCGAGACAAGAAUUGCAACAAAAGGAACAUCAAGUCACAGAAAAAGAUGAUGAUCAAAAACCGAGACAAGAAUUGCAACAAAAGAAACAUCAAGUCAAAGAAAAAAAUAAUGAUCAAAAACAAUUUGAUAUUAAAAAUUUUCAAAUGAAACGAUUUCUUUCACACAGUGAAGAUAUAGUGUACCUUAAUGUUGGUGGUAAACAAUUUGUUACAUUAAAAUCAACGUUAAACUAUAUUCCAAAUACUGUAUUGGCUCUACUUUGUUCGCCACAAUGGGAAGACAAAAUACCGAAAGAUGAAAAUGGUCAUCUGUUUCUCGAUUGUGAUCCUAUACCAUUCAGACAUUUAUUAUCACAAUUGAGAGAAUGGUCAUGUAAUCGUAAAUCAAAAAAUCAUAAAAAAGUAUUUGAUUUACCAUCCGACGAUCCAAUGUCCUUUCAAAAUUUAUGUCGACAACUUAGUUUUGAUCGAAAAUAUGUUAAUGGUAUCUAUAGACAAGACCAGUUUAAUAAAGUGUGUGGAAAUGCUAUUUUAAAAGAUAAUGGACUCGUUGCUACUCAGUUAGGUAACUAUCAUCAUUACUGUGAAAUACGUGGAACGAAUUUUUACUCAACUGGUAUUCAUCGUUUACUAUUAAAAAUUGAACAUCAGCGACGAAUUCGAACAUUAAAGAAUCAAACCGAUGCAAUAUUUAUCGGUAUCAUAUGGUCAUCAACACCCAUGCAAGAACGUUCAUUUGAUUCUCCAACAGCUUACGGUUGGACAGGUCAAAAACAAGUUUAUUUAAAUGGAAUUGUUGCAUAUCCACAAGAAUAUGGUGGGUGGGAUAGUGAUCUAUGUUUAAAUGAUACUGUUGAACUCAUAAUGAAUUGUAAUGAGAAAAAGAUACAAUUGUUCAAUCAACGUACGAAUAAAGUUUAUGAAAUAAUUGUAGAUACAGUCACCGGUUGUCCAUUUCCAUGGCAAUUGCAUAUCAAUCUUUAUUAUCCAGAUGACCUUGUACGAAUUCUAUCGUGA